AUGCCCAAGCCGAACAAGUGGAACAACCAGAAAAGGAGCAAAAACAUGGUCAGAAAUGGAAUGCAAAAACUUGAAGCUCAAGGGAUCGGUGUGAGUUACCCCAGAAAUGCGGACAACCUUCCAAAAGCAAAAGAUGUUGUAGCACUAUGUAAGUGUCAUAACGUUCGGAGAAUUCGCCUUCAUGAUCCAAGGCAUGAUGUUCUACAAGCGCUGAAAAAUACAGGAAUAAAAGUCAUUCUUGGAGUUGGAAAUGAUGAUAUCAUGAGGCUAGCUACUGAUGCAAGAUUUGCUAGGACAUGGGUCUUUAUUAGAGAAGCUCAAAAGACUGUCAAUCUAUCGGUUCCCAUGUCCACUGUGAUGCAUUCCUCGGUCAUGGCAACAACUUUUCCUCCUUCCUCAGCGUACUUGGAUGCUCCUGUUAUAGUGAAAGAUCUAGGAGAAGAAUAUACAAAUAUUUUUGAUGCCCAAGUGGAUGCAGCUUAUUCUGCACUUGAAAGGCUGAUGCAUUAA